UGUGUGUGUGUGUGUGUGAAGGGUCUCUACCAGUGAAACACACACACACUCAUCAGUCUGAGCUCUGGGCUUCGGUGCGGCGGCAGGACAGAAAGCUGCGUUCAGUGUGGACUUUAACGGAAGAGAAGAAGAAGAAGGAUCAGCAGCAUGUCCAGCGCUCUGCUGAGGAGGAGCUCCAGUAAACUGGGUCUCCAGCAGCUCAUGAGGCUGACGGCUCAGAGGAGCGUGGAGGACGCCGAGGAGGUGGAGAGGGAGCAGAGGAGGAGGAGGAGGGAGGAGACGCAGUGGAGCAACGGAGGCUCGCCGCCCGGGGAGUCGUCUUCAGAGGACGGGACGUACGACCUGAAGCCGAGCAGCUCUGUGGCUCUGGAGGAGGACGAGGGCUUCAGUGAUUGGACUCAGCGUCGAGAGAGGAGGAGGCAGCAGCGGCUGCAGGAGCUCAGCCAGGGAGGCGAGGAAGACGAAGAGGAAGACACCGUCAACAAAGGUGUCCCCGGGAAGAGCGUCCAGGACUCGGUCUCGCCCUCGGGCCGACUCCACAGACAGGAUCGCCUCAAAGAAGACGUGACCGGGGUGGAGAUGGAGAGGAGGAAGGAGCGUGAGGAGAUGGCAAGGAGGGACGAAGAGAGGGAGGAAGAGGAGGACAAGAGGAUGAGAGAGGAGGCGGUGAACCGGAGGAAGGAGGAGAUUCAAAGGCCGAACACAGAGGUGGAGAAGAGGUCAGAGGUGAAAGUCUUCUACACGUCCAAGGUGUUUCUUCACCAAGAGCCCAAACAGAGCGACGCCAACGGAGACGCCGCCACAAAGGAAGUGACGUCGUCCAAGAGCAACAGGAAAAAAAGGUCCACCAGCAGAGCCGUGGAGCCGGAGCAGGCGGAGGCCGUCCAGGAGGCGGAGCAGCCGAGACUCCGACAGGAGGAGGCGGAGCAGGAGGCGGAGCAGCCGAGACACCGACAGGAAGAGGCGGAGCAGGAGCUGGAGGAGCUGAAGAGAAGGAGGGAGGAGAGGCGGCAAGUCCGGCUGGGAGACGAGCAUCGGAGGAAGGAGGAGGAGCAACGACUGGCCAGAGAGGAGGAGGAGAGGAGGAGCAUGAAGGACAUGGAGAGGAGGAGCAUGAAGGAGGACAUGGAGAGGAGGAGCAUGAAGGAGGACAUGGAGAGGAAGAGGAUGGAGGCAGCAGAGAGGAUGAAGAGCCUCAGUACGUCCAGCGUGAACGGAGACGAGGUUCUCAGUCCCUUCAGUCCCAAAACCCACAAGAUCUCAGAGAGGACGGGGUCUCUGAACCGCUCCCUGAAGAAGAGUAACAGCUUCAAGAAAACUCAGACGCUCGUCCUGCUGCCGAAGAUCGACAACAAGCUGGAGCAGUACACACACGCUGUGGAGAACUCCCAGGAGGUGCGGGCCGUGAAGGCAUCACGGACCGACCGGCCCAGCCCCCCGGAGGCUGAAGCCCGCAGCCGGAGCACCGGGGGAGGCAACAAGGACGCAGAGGGGCUGACGGUGGGCGUGGCCAAUCGAAUCACCCAAUGGGUGAAGGGCCCGGCUGACGGCAGCAGAGCGUCACCCGGCAGAGCGACCGAGGUGAGACCCGGAGAUGUGAUGCAGAAAAAGAACAUGUGGGAAGUUAUUGGAGACUCAACAGGGAAGCAAAGCCCCAGAGCCAAGGGAUCAGCAGCUGGUAAAAAGUACAAAUUUGUGGUCACGGGUCACGGAAAAUAUGAGAAGAUCCCGACGGACGGAGAGAACGGAGGAGAGUUCACUGACGGAGUCUCUGAUCUCUACGCUGACGACCUUUGAGGAGGUUUCGUCUCUUCAGCUUCGUCACAAUCAUGAGUCUCAAUAUCUCAUUUACAGACUAUAAAUCAUUGUUUCUGACUCAACGGCUCAAAUGCGAAAUAUUUGACCUCCUAAUGUUCCUAUUGGUUGGAUUCCCUCUUUGUAUUCUCUAAUGUUCAGUGUUCAUGAUGAUGUAUAUAUCUGGCUGAGCUCUUCGGUGUUUAGCUUUAACUUCCGGCCGACCUGGAUGAUGGUGAAGGGAAACCGACAAGUCUUCUGAAGAGAACACAUCUACGUGUGCAUGUAGUCGUCAUGGUGUCUGCACUCAAACUUUUGGCUGAAGAACAAUCUGAAGGUGUGUUUCAAGAGAUUAAAUACAAUAUAUGACAUGAAUGUAGUCUCUGUUACAUUCCACGUGUAUCACCUCUACAAUCAAACCAUCUCCUGACUCUGUGCUACUGCAGACUCACUUUUAAUAUCCAUGUCCUGACAUGUAUGAUUGUUUGUGCUUUUAAUCACUUUUCUUAAAUAAAUUAAAAAUCAUUUUCCAAUGUG